UGCGACUCGCUCGCUGCAGUACAGAACAGACAAAACACAUGCGCUUGCUCGAUAAUCGCGCAGUCCAGCCAGUCAGUCCAGCUUCGCUCUCACUGGCAGAAUUUUCCAUUUAUCGCUGCAGUUGUCGGAAAAAUUGAUUUCAAAAUAUUUGCCAUACAAACAUGUUACUGUUCUCUCUGACGGAUCAACUAUUAUGCUGUCCUAAACGCCUGACAACAAAGACCAGCAUUGCAAAAACAGCAGCAGCAGCAACAACAAAAACAACAACUACUACACACUCCAUAACUUUAUAACAAGAGAUUUUCGUUUUCGCGCAAUUUUAAGAAAAGUAACAACAACAGCGACAACAUCAAAAAAGUUGGCGCCAAAAAUUUCUUAAAAUCACCGAAAAGUAAACGAAACGGAAAAAAGGGAGUAUAUAUAAAAAGCAAGCAACACCGCAAAUAAAUUAAACAAAUUACGCUAAAAGCGAACAACUCUUUUGAAAAAAGAUAACGAAACGAUAAACUACAAAGAAUUUAAAUUUUAAAAUAUUUUUGUUCUCAACACACAAUUUCACCAACUAAAUUUGCUAAAAGAGUGUGGGUUAAUUAACUACAUUUGAUUACCGCUUGAAGUACAUGUAAUUUAGCGUGUGUUUGUGUGUGAUAUAGUUUGCUUUUAGGCGCAGUUAGUUUGGUACUAACUAAACUAGCUGCAUUCUAGAAAAAAACUUAUAAGCUUACUUUAACUAAUAAGGCGCUACACGCAGGACGCUUUGAGUUUCAUCAAAAAUUUCAUAUUUUCGUAAUGAAAAUUGCAAACAUGAAAUUUAAGCGCAAAUAUGGCUGUUUAAAUAUUUGAAAAAUAAUAUUAGUGUAUUUUUCGAAUAUUUUAUUUCAUAGUAUUUUAUAAGUUUACAAAACAUUAUAAACAACAAAUCUCCCCUGUCUCAACUAAGUCUGUAACUGUCUGUUUGUGUCUUCUUCUGUAAAACGCACCCCCCAUUACCCACCAACUGGUUAGAUUAAAACAAUACAUUUACACUUAAACACACACAUACAUACUUACAAAUAAAGCGUUUAAAUUUAAUGUUAUUUAAGCGCAGCUUUCAUAUUAAAGUGUAUAUACUUUCGUAAGCCAAUAGCUAGCAUUUGUAGUAUUUCAUACAAGCGGACGCUUCAAAGUUUUACGAUUUCUGCCACAUUUCUCUCUACCGCUCCUCUUACAGGGUGUAUACUUUUCAUAUUUUAUUUGAAUUUUUUUUCUAACUUCACUUUUUUUAAUAUACACGCUAAUAAUUGUGAGAAAACGUUGAAUCAAAUGAUAUUAUAAUCAAAUUAUCAAUAAUACAAUAACAACUAAAGAAAACGUUAAAUUAAUUGCACUUGAAAACAAAAACAAACAAAAAAUAACGUGCAACAUGGAUGCUUUGUCGCCCGAUUUACUUUGGAUGGUCAUACUCGGCUUUCUGAUCGCUUUCGUGCUGGCAUUCGGCAUUGGCGCUAACGAUGUGGCAAAUUCGUUUGGUACGAGUGUUGGUUCGGGUGUGCUUACCAUACGGCAGGCUUGUGUGCUGGCGACAAUAUGUGAGAUUUCUGGUGCGGUUUUGAUUGGUUACAAAGUUUCGGACACUAUGCGUAAAGGUAUUCUGGAAGUGGGUCUCUACGAGGGCGCCGAAGAGGAGCUAAUGUUGGGCUGUGUCGCUGCGCUGGCAAGCAGCGCUAUUUGGUUGCUGGUCGCCACAUUCCUAAAGCUACCCAUUUCGGGUACACACAGUAUAGUCGGUUCAACAAUUGGUUUUUCGCUGGUGGCUCGCGGUACACAGGGUCUCAAAUGGUCCACAUUGGCCACUAUAGUCGGUUCAUGGUUCAUAUCGCCGGUGAUGAGUGGUUUAGUCAGUAUUUUACUCUUUUUGGCCAUACGAAAAUUUAUUUUGCGCGCCAGCGAACCACUGAAGGCGGGCUUUCGUUCGCUACCGAUCUUUUAUGGUGCCACCUUUUUCAUCAAUGUCAUUAGUGUGGUGUUGGAUGGACCAAAGUUACUUUACAUGGAUAACAUACCCACGGGCAUAGCUAUAGGUGGCAGCAUUGCGCUGAGCUUAUUGGUUGCACUACUAACACAACUUAUUGUUGUACCAAUCCAAAAACGUAAAAUCGCUAAACAAUUACGCGCUCAAAACCCUGUCAAAUUCAAUUUUGAGGACUCCGUUGAAUCCUCACCGUCCGGUAGUCCUAAGAAAAAUCGUCGUCCAUUAUCACUCGUUAGCGAUGGCAAACAAUUGCCAGCAAUUGCCGAAAUCACCGAACUCGUCUCAUUGACCGACAAUUCACCGAAAACAUUCAAGUUGGCACCGUAUGGUCUAAAUAAAAACGGGCAUGUGACCACACCAAAUAACGGUUACACUGCAGAUGGUUAUAAGAUCAAUCCGGACAUCAUUAAGAAAGCCGAGGAUUUGCUGGGCAAAGCCAGUUUGGAUAAUACGGAUUUGACCAUUACAAGUUUGAAUUUCAUUGACGAGCAGUAUCAGAAUGGCAAUGGCAAUGGUUUGUUGCAGAAUGGCAAUCGGAAUAACAAUACAAACGGUUUGGUAUUGAAUGGUGGUGGUGGUGUUGGUAAAGCCAGUCAGUUGCAGGACUAUUUCAAGCCGGGCGUAAAAUCACCUUUAUUGGAUACGAAGAGCUUAGAACAUACCCAGGAGCUUCCAGCACAACAGCAGCAGCAGCAACAGCUGCUCGAAAGCAAUCAAUCACCCGGCUGUGUUGCAAAUAAUAAAAUUAUACUAACUGCCAUGGACACCAGUACCACCAACACUGCUGCUACAACAACCACAACUGCUGCACUCGCUAUUGCGCCAACAGUGGCUGGAAAGACACAAAUUUCGGAUGUAAUUGUUACGAAAGCCACAACAACAACUAUGUUGGAUCCUAUAACAACAUCCACAACUGCCAAAAAGGAUUUGAAAGUGGUUGAAAGCGGUAGCAGUUUGGAAAUGAUGAUAACCUCUACACUAUCCCCAAAUUCCAGUAAGAUACCGUUGAUUGAAAGCAAAGAGUUGAUACACGAUUUUAAGCAGACAGGCGAUCCAGCAGCGCACAAUGACGAGGAGUCCGAGGAGGUGUCAAUGCUAUUUUCAUUUUUACAAAUUUUAACUGCAACUUUUGGCAGUUUCGCACAUGGCGGCAAUGAUGUGAGCAAUGCCAUUGGACCAUUAAUCGCGCUGUACAUGAUUUAUAGGGAAGGUUCUGUGAUGCAAAAGGCCGAAAGUCCCAUUUAUAUUCUGAUCUAUGGAGGUAUUGGUAUCUCAGUGGGUCUAUGGCUGUGGGGACGACGGGUCAUCGAGACAAUCGGCAAUGAUUUAACAAAAAUCACAUCAUCCACCGGUUUUACUAUUGAGGUUGGUGCCGCGAUCACUGUGCUCUUGGCAAGCAAAAUCGGCUUACCCAUCUCAACGACGCAUUGCAAAGUGGGUUCAGUGGUUUUUGUUGGACAUGUGAGCAGCAAGGGACAUAAACCAGCGAAAGCCGACGGACUCUCGAAAGAGGCUUCAAUGGAAGGCGGCGUCAUUACAUCAUCCACUGCUACCACACCAACAACAGCGAAUGCGAAUGAAGUAAGCGGUAAAAUGACGGUGUCCUCAUCGACGAGCGCAAAUGCGAUGGCCAAUGGUGCGGGUGGUGUUGAAACUGUGGCUACUACAACUGCUGCCGCUGCUGCUGCGGUCGGUGCUGUCGAUUGGCAUUUGUUCAGAAACAUAGCCUACGCUUGGAUUGUGACCGUGCCGGUAACGGCGCUGCUCUCAGCUGGCAUAAUGUUUCUGAUGUGCAGCAUUGUUUUGGCAUAAGCCACAUAUAUGCAUGGCGAUUUAAUACAAAAACCAAAAAUAUAUUAUUAAAAAGCAGAGAACCAUGUUACAAUUAUUAAGUAUUCAUCAAAACUUACUAACAACGUAAGCGUAUCUACACAUAUGUACACAUUAACGAUAUUGUACUUAUUAUGAUAAUGUAAUUUAUUGUUAUUAUUAAAAAGAAAAGCGAUUAAAACAAAAUAUGGUAUAAUUAAAUUUAAAAAAAAUUAUUAAACAAAAAAAAAAAAAAUUGGCAGCGUAUAUGGAAAAAUUGUAAAAAAAAGUUUGAAAAAUGAAGGAUUUGAAAUGUUUGCAUAUUUGCGUAUUGAGUUAAAUUGUAAGUGCCAGUUAGCCUGCCAGCCAGCGUCAAUGCAUGUAUGCCAUAUACAUUACAAAAAAAAAAUUGAAAAAUUAUUAUUAAAUUAAAUUGAACAUUAAACGAAUAAUUAAAGAAAAAAUAGUAAUAUUUACAGUGGAAGCAGCUAAGUACUUACAUAAUUAAUUUAAAAGCAUGAACUAAGUAUUUCGUGCGUUGAUUGUUUGAUUUGAACGUCGUUUAGUCAUGUCCGUAUGAUAUUUGAAACCAAAACAAAAAAAAAAUGUUUUUAAAUGUGGGUUACAAAAUAAAAUUAUUAAAUAAAAAAUAUUUAUUAAAAUAUUUAUUCAAAACAAAUUAAUUCAAAGUACUCAUUGGCAACCUGUUGAUAUUGGCAAAAUAAUAAAAUAUACCAUUGAAAAGCAAUCGAACUUUUUUCAUUUUUUUUACACGACAAAACGCAUACACGUUAAUGGUAUGACAAAAAAUAAUAAAUAUAUAUAUUUGAAUUUAUAUAUAUUAAAAUAAUAUAUUAAAUUUUUUUUAAGCUUGCGAAAUUGUUAAUUUUAUACAAGUUGUUUUGAAAAUUUUUAAACGAGUAUUUUUAAAAAACAUUUUGUCUAAAAAUUAAAAGCAGUUUAUUAAUUAAUUAAAAUCAGUUAUAUUUAAGUAAUGAAAAUCUCACGAAAAAUCUCUGUCAAGCAGCCUUAAGUUCCAUUCCUAACUCACUAAGUUCGCUAAUUUUUUUAAAACUCAUUGAUAUUAUUUAGGAAAACAACAAUUUCCUUUACUCAACCUCAACUAAAAUGAAUUUAUUGUUUCUAAAACAAAAAAAAAAAACUUAGCGAAACAAUAAUUUAACCUUAAAACAUAAAUUUUAUAGAAAAAAUUCAUACAAGUACACUAAUAAAAUAAAAGCAUUACUUUUUGUUGAAAAAAAAACUUUAAAUUAGAUAAAAAAUAAAAUAAAAUACAAAAUUUAUAAUUUCAAAUGUCUUUGUUUGUAUUAAGUUUGAGUACGGAAAUCAAUUUUGUUAUUUUGCAAAAAAAAAAAAAAAAUAAUUUUAGAUACUCAAGUAUUUAGUAGUACUGCAAGUACAUACAACUGUAAUUGUAGCUGAAAAUAUUAGAGCAAAUGAACAAAUACAAAUAAAUAAGACGGGACACAAAUAAUUUAAACAAAAAUAUAUAAUUAGAGGCUGCAUACAAAUAUAAUGAUUGAUUACAAUUGGUUUGAAGGUCAAUUAAAUUAAAUAAAAAAAUAAUUUUUUUUUAAUAAAAACCAUAGAAUGGUGUAUUAUAUUUUAUUUUCUACUUCAAAGAAUUUAUAGUUAUAAAAUACAGGAAAAAAUUUUAAGUUUUUAAAACUAAAAAUCAAAAUAAUUUUUUAUAAACAAAAAAGUAUUAAUUUUAAAUAAUUUAUUAAUUUUGAAAAAUAUUGUGUGCUUAAAUUUUUUAUUUUUUUUAUAACUUUAAGUUUUAUAUCACUAACUUAGGUUACAAAUUUUAAUUUAGUUCACAAAACUCUUUUAUCUCUUUUUUUUGCUAUAAUUAAACCAAUAAAUUAAAAAAAAAGAAAGUAAAAUCAUAAAAUUUAAAUUUUUUUUAUAACCAAAAUAUUAUGUGCUAAAAUUCAAUACUAUGUUUAAGUACAAAUAUUUUUUUUUUUUAAUACUUUUCUGAGCAAUUGAAUUACUAACUUAAGUAUUAUUACAUAAAUUAUAUUUUAUAUUUAUUAUAAAAAUUUAAAAUUAUUAUAUUUUAAUUAUUUAAAUUUUAUUUGAAAAGUGUAGUUAUUUUCACUUAAAUUCCUUCAAAUGAAAUAUAUUUAUUUUACUGAAAAUAAAAGCAGUUGUAUUUGCAGCAUACGUAAAGAUAUUUCCAACAACAGCAAUAAAAACAAUAGCAACAACAAACAACUUUUAAUGUUUCAAACAAUAUAAAUAUUAAACUCAUACUUUGCAUUAAAAAAACAACAAAUUUAAAAAUUUUUGAAACCCAAAGUGUAAGAAAGAAAUGUCAAUAUUAGUAACUAAAACAAAUAUUUAAUAUAGCUGAAAAAAAUGUAAAAGAACAAACAAUUUUAUUGUAGUUGUG